AUGGAAUUCCUAACCAAAAUAACCCAACAACUUGGGUUGGUAGGUGAAAUAGAUAAAGUUGGAUCUGUAUUUGUGUUAGGGGAAGAAUACAGACCUUAUAUCUUUAAAACUCAAGGGAAAGCAGAUGAUGCAGAAACUGCCUUUGGAAGCUUUUUAGGCAAUGCGCAGACAAACCCUCAGCUUCUAUCAGAUAUUGAAACAAGAAUAUUUUUCACUUAUAGAACCCAGUUUACUCCUAUUCCAAGAGACGAAGAAGGACCUUCGCCGAUUAAUCUUACUCUAUUCUUCAGAGAUAAUCCAAUAAACACACUAGAAAAUGUACUAACUGAUCCAGAUAGUUUUUAUUCGGAUAUUGGUUGGGGUUGUAUGAUACGAACUGGUCAAUCUCUCUUAGCUAAUGCCAUUCAACGGGUUAAACAGACUAGGGAGUUCAGAGUGAACCUUGAAAAUAUCGACAUUAAAGAAAUGAGUAUCAUUCAAUGGUUUCAAGAUGACUGGAAGUACCCACUAUCUCUACAUAAUUUUGUUAAAGUAGAAGGAAAAAAGUCUGGAAUGAAACCUGGUCAGUGGUUUGGACCUAGCUCUACAGCAAGAAGUAUUCAAUCUCUAAUAAACGAUUUUCCCGAUUGUGGGAUAGACAGAUGUUUAAUUUCCCCACAAUCGGCUGACAUAUACGAAGAUGAAAUGAUUAGAGUGUUUGAAGAAAAUAAGCGUGCAAAUGUUCUCCUAUUAUUCGCUACGCGCUUAGGCGUAAAUGAAAUCAACUCCAUAUAUUGGUCAGAUAUCUUUCAGAUACUAAAAUCAUCAUAUUCUGUGGGGAUCGCUGGUGGUAAACCAUCAUCUUCAUUAUACUUUUUUGGCUAUCAAAAUGACUAUUUGUUUUAUCUUGACCCUCAUCAAACGCAAAGUUCUUCACUAGAUAUGGAUGAUAAUUCUUAUUAUCGGAGUUGUCAUGGUCACCGCUUUAGUAAAAUUCAUAUAUCAGAAACCGAUCCGUCCAUGCUACUUGGGAUGCUAAUUUCGGGAAAAGCGGAAUGGGAUUUAUUUAAGGACGAGUUCAAAAAUAGUAGAAUAAUUCAGUUCGUGGCUUCUAAGCCUAGUGAUGAUAUAUAUGAAGGGGUUGAUCUAUCUCCAGGCUCCGUAUCUGUUCACUCCAUUCAGUCAGAUCUUCAAGACACCGGGGAUUACAUUGAUGUUGGAAACUUUAUGUCAGAAAAAGCCAAUUCAUCACAACCAUCAAAAAAUGAAGAAUUCGAAAAUGUUAAAUGUAAAAAUCAGCGUAUCUUAAUCUGUGAAAACCCUUCUGAAACAGAAAUAGAACAGGUUCUGGUAGAAGAUUCUACGACAGAUAACUAA